AUGCCAACGGGCGUGCGCGUGGCGGGGCUUAUGCGCGCACCGGCCCCAACCAUCAGCGCCGCUUCUUCCCUCUUCCUCUUCCUCUACCUCUCGUCCUCGUCAUUAGUGCUCGUCUUGUCUGCCCCAUCCGACACCGAAACUCUGCUUGAAUUCAAGCGCUCUUUGACCUCAGCCAGGGCUCUUAGAGAUUGGAACCCCAAGGUCCCUCCUUGCGACAACAACAGGCCCAAUUGGGCGGGCGUGCUGUGUUUGAAUGGCCAUGUUAGAGGGCUGCGGCUUGAGAAUAUGGGGCUUAAGGGGGAGGUUAAUGUGGAUCCCUUGGUUUCUCUGUCUCGUAUGCGCACCCUGAGCUUCAUGAACAAUACCUUGGUUGGGCCUUGGCCUUCUGUUAUUAGCAAACUACACAAUCUACGCUCCGUUUAUCUUUCCUAUAACCAUUUUUCGGGAGCAAUCCCGGACGAUGCCUUCACGGGUAUGAAAUUUUUGAAGAAAGUGUUUUUGACCAAUAAUGAAUUCAACGGCCAAAUUCCCUCAUCUCUCGCUUCCCUGUCUAGGCUUAUGGAAUUGAGACUUGAUGGAAACAAAUUCAGAGGCCAAGUCCCCCGUCUUGAAAUGCCUACUUUGAAGAAACUUAAUGUUUCCAACAAUGAAUUGGAAGGCCCCAUUCCUCGUAGCUUAAGCCAUAUGGAUCCUUCCUCCUUUGCAGGUAACCGUGAUCUGUGUGGGGAUCCUUUUCCAGAAUGCGAGAGAGCCCUAAUUUCAUCCGCAGGGCUACUCAAAAUCGCAGUGAUAGUCAUAAUUUUGGGGGUAACAUUAGCAGUAAUAGCUGCAAUUUUCAUCAUAAUGAAUUUAAGGAGGCAGCCCGCCUUGCAAUUAGGGAAGGGGAAUGCCGGAGUUACAGAAGAGGAUCAGAACAAAUACAUGAGUUCUAAGCCAACCACGGCGGUAGUUGGCGACGGAUACAGAUCGACGGAGUCGUCCGUAGCGCAGGCUAAAAGAGGCGCAGAACAUGGGAAGCUAUUAUUUGUGAGAGACGACAGGGAGAAAUUCGACUUACAAGACCUCCUCAGAGCAUCCGCCGAAAUCCUGGGCAGUGGCUCAUUCGGCUCUUCCUACAAAGCAACAAUACUCUGUAAUGCCGUGGUUGUUAAGCGAUACAAGCAUAUGAACAACGUAGGGAGAGAAGAGUUUCAUGAACACAUGAGACGCCUCGGCCGGUUGACACAUCCAAAUCUACUUCCCUUGGUUGCUUAUUACUACAGAAAAGAAGAGAAGCUGUUGAUUUCGGAUUUUGUAGAUGAAGGGAGUUUGGCGAGCCAUCUGCACGGCAACCACAACCUGGAGGAGCCAGGGAUUGACUGGGCUACAAGAUUGAAGAUAAUCAGAGGCAUAGCAAGAGGAAUGUCGUACCUCUACACAUCGCUGCCAAGCAUAGCAGCACCACACGGACAUCUGAAAUCAUCAAAUGUGCUGCUAGACGAAUCGUUAGAACCUCUGCUUACGGAUUACGGGCUAAUCCCCGUGGCUAAUGUAGAGCAUGGACAGACAUUAAUGAUGGCUUACAAAUCACCCGAAUACGCUCAUCUUGGCCGUAUAAGCAAGAAAACUGACGUAUGGAGCUUCGGAAUUCUGAUACUGGAAAUGCUAACAGGUAGGUUCCCAGAGAACUACUUGACACGAAAUCACGACACGAAAUCAGACCUAGCCACUUGGGUAAACAACAUGAUCAAGGAAAAGAAAACGUCACUAGUGUUCGAUGCAGAGCUAGGGCGAGCUAGGGAGAGCAACAAAGGCGAGCUGCUGAAGAUGUUGAAGAUUGCGUUGAGUUGCUGCGAGGAAGACGUGGAGAGGAGGCUAGAUUUGAAUCAGGUAGUGGCCCAAAUUGAAGAUCUGAACGACGCUGAUUUGAGCGAUAACGAUGGAGAUAACUUCGCUUCCACAUCUCGCAACUCUCAAAUGCCUGUUUGA